AUGUUAGAUGGAAUGUGGUUUCUCCAACAUCCUUAUGGAGGCAAUAUGAUUCUAGUAUGUCUUUAUUUUGAUGACAUAUUGCUGACAGGGAGCUAUUAUGAUGAUAUAGUUAAAUUCAAGAAAGUGCCGAUGAAUGAAUUUGAGAUGACUGGCCUAGGAAAGUUAGUAUACUUUCUAGGGAUGGAGAUUUUGUACUCUGAGAAGGGUAUCAUAUUGCAUCAGCUGAAGUAUGAACUUGAGCUUUUGAAGAGAUUCGAGCUGAGAAAUUGUAAGUCUGCAGUCACACAUGUUGAUACGAAUCACAAGCUUGAUUUUGAUGAUGAGGGUGAUGAUGUAGAUGCUUCAACUUUCAAACUGUUGGUAGGCUCGUUGAGAUAUCUCUGUAAUACCAAACCUGACAUUUGUUACGCAGUUGGAAUGAUGAGUAGGUUUAUGAAUAAACCGAAGUGGUCACAUUACCAAGCUACUGUUAGGAUUCUGAGGUGUUUUGUCUACAUGUCAAAUAGUUUGGCUGCUGAAUUUGUUGCAGGAUUUGAAGAUCAAGGUGAUGAAGCCUGUGAAAUUAAUGAUUAA